AUGCCUAAGCGACAGCGUGACGAGGAGAUUGAGGCCGGUGAGGCACCGACUGACAUCAAUCCGUACUUCAUAUUGUCGAUCGAGGAGACAGCAACCCAGGACGAGAUCAAGAAAGCCUACCGCCGCGCAGCCUUGAAGCAUCAUCCUGACAAGGCCGCGCCCGAGGACAAGGAAACAGCACAUACAAAGUUCCAGGAGAUCGCUUUCGCCUUUGCAAUUCUUUCUGAUGAACGCAGACGCAAACGAUAUGAUACGACAGGGCGAACAGAAGAAUCGCUGGAUCUCGACGACGACGACUUCGAUUGGACGUCAUUCUUUCGAGAACAAUUCGCGGAUGUCGUGAGUCGUGAGGCAAUCGAAAAUUUCUCGGGCAAGUACAAAGGAGGAGAUGAAGAGCGGCGCGAUCUUCUGCGAUUCUACACCAAACACAAGGGUAACAUGGUCAAGAUCUACCAGGAAGUCAUCCUCAGUGACAUGACGGAAGACGAAGAUCGAUUUCGCGCCAUCAUCGACCAAGCCAUCAAAGACGACGAGGUCGAAGCGUUCACCAAAUACACAGAAGAAAGCGAGAACUCUCGCCGUAAGCGUAUCCAGCGAGCUCAGAAGCAAAAGGAAGAGGAGGCAGUGGAGGCAGUGGAGCUAGAGGAAGAGAUCAAGGAGAAAGCAAACAAGAAGAAGCAGACCAAGAAAACUAAGGAGGCAGGCGGGAUGGCUGAUCUGGCGGCUCUGAUCCAGCAGAGGCAGAAAGACCGACAGGGCAACUUUUUCGCAAACAUUGAAGCCAAGUACGCACCCAAGGGCAAGAAAAACGCCAAGCAAGAUCCGAUGGAUGAGCCAUCAGAAGAGGCGUUCGCCAGGAACGCCAAAAAGAGCAGCAAUGGCGACGCCAGUGCAGGUGCGUCCAGAACUUCCAAGCGGGUCAAGAAGUGA